AUGAAACCAAUCUCCUUCCCCCUCGCCCUAAACAUCGGCACCGACAUCGUCCACCUCCCCCGCAUAACCCGCCUCCUCCAACGACCCAACUACCUCACCCGCUUCACUCGCCGCAUCCUCAGCGACCAAGAACAACUCGACUUCCAAACCCGCUUCAAGGACACUCUCCCCGCAAAUCUCUACCGUCAAGCCUCCCACCCUCACAAGCCAGCCCAAACAAUCAUCACCCCAGACAUGACGCGCUGGCUAGCCGGCCGCUUCGCCGCGAAAGAAGCCGCGCGCAAAGCCGCGCCGGGCGGGGCUGCUUCGCUGGGGUGGAAGGAUGUGGAGGUGCGUGUGCCGCAGGGUGAUGGCGAUGGUGGUGAGAUGAGUACGCGAGGGCUUGCGCAGGUGCAGCAGGAGGGCACGAGUCGGAGGCCGGAGAUUGUGUUUUUGGGGGAUGGGGACGGGAGGCCGGAUCGGUUGGGGCGGUUGUCGAUUUCGCAUGAUGGGGAGUAUGUUGUUGCGACUGUUUUGGCGGCUGGAUGA